AUGGCUGAGUUAUCCGAUGAUAUCGAAGAUAUCGAAGCAUGGGCCUCUAUGGAGAGCCUGUAUGACAAAGCAAUCCAGUCACCAUCUGAGAUAACUCAGGACGAGAAACAUGCUAUACUGGAAUGGCCCUCCUUGGAACAAAUGGAGGAGACAAGUCAAAAAUACGUUGGCAAGUCUUUGCAAGAUCUCUUUCACACAGCGGCCAAUGAUCCUCUCGCUCUUACGUAUCCGGAAUGCCGCUUGUUUAAAGAUGAUUUUCAUAUAUUGCGUUCUCUAGAUUCGGUUAAAUACAGUACUGACCGAAUGCAUCGCCGGAUCGCGCGUCAGGACUUAAGCGACAAGUGGCAGCAGGCGCGGGCUGCUGUUUCAGCGCCAGAUGAACUCAAGGCUCGUGAAAACGCCCUUGAGGUCUACCUUGAGAAGCUAAAAGCUCACUCAAAGCCUUUAAUUGAAGCUGGAGAGAGAUACUGGACUCAUCCGCCGGACUGGGUGCAAAAAAUUCUUGACCGCGAGGGUAAAGGCUGGGGCUAUGUGAUCUACCGUCCUUCAAUCAUUCACGAGGAAGAAAGCACCAAGGAGGCGUGGAGAGCAUGUUGGGACUACUUUAAUGAGCUUUUGAGUUUUCACCCUGUCACAAUGCCGUUUCUCGAAUUCGGCGAAAAAAUCCAAGAUUCCAAGAUCAUUGAUUUUGUCGAUUAUGAACCUGAAAUGGGCGGAGUGGAUCAACUUCGACAGGACUUUCGCGACCGUCGAGAUAAAUACGGUCUCCAACCAGGUGUUCUUUCCAAUGUAUUUAUCAAUGUGCCUACCGAAUGUCGGGAUACCCAUCUAGGACCCUUUCCAUAUAAUUGGGCUUGGGCUAUUGAUCCUGACUGGUCGUUACCGGGCCCAGAUGCUGAUGGCUACGACGGGCGUGUUAAGGUUACCUGUGCUCAACUGUUCAACAAAUUUUAUGAGCUGAUGUCGACCAAAAAGGUUACCCUGAAGAAAAUCUGGGAAGAGUUCCAUGAGGUCAAUGAGACACUCCCUGAUGGGCCAAUGCCUUGUUGGAUAAUGUCACCAAAAGAGAAAUGGCCGAAUAAUUGA